CAUUCCACCUGCUUCACAGCCAAUAGACGGGAACGCGUCCUGGUGAGCUGGACUACAGAAAGAACAUGCCGCGACGGAAACGUCAAAACAAAAAGCCAUCCAAGUCUGCAUCAGAAGAUCUGACAAGAAUAAUAGAAAAUGUCGAGUUUCAGUCGGAUGAUGUGGAGGGGGAGAGAGAGGACGGGAGAGUAAAGAGAGAGGGGAGGCAGUGGGAGACAGAACCAGGGACAAGAGGCACUCCGAUUAGUGAGUGUGAGCGCGUUAGCCUGGUAAAACAGAACGGUCCCACUCUGAAGACGUCCAAACAAGUUCACAUCGUCUUCCUCCCCGACAGAUACCAAACUCUCAUAGAGGUGGAGGACAGCGAGGGAAGAGAGGAGGAGGAGAGGAAAAAAGAGGCGAAGGAGAAGAGAAAAAAGGAGAAACACAAGAAGUACAGAAAGAACGUUGGGAAGGCUCUGCGGUUCGGCUGGCGAUGUCUGGUUGCCGGGUUACAGAGCUUAGCGAGCGGCUAUGCUACACCCCUUUCGGCUGCAGCCACGUUGGUGACCGACGUCCACAGAACUCACCGCUAGGCAUGAUGGGACGGAGGACUAAUAUCUGGGACUAGACACAUAUAGUCUCAACUGCAUUUUAUGUCAUUAUUUUAGACUGCUUAACCGUUACCUAAUACCGUAUGUGAUUCUAGUGGUUAAAUCAGGCGGUUGGUUAUGUAAUGUUUCCUUCUCCUGUUUAUAGUUUUACUCCGCUAGCAUUGUUUUACUCUGUUUACUGGUCUUUGUUUAGAUGUUUACUGGUCUUUGUUUAGAUGUUUACUGGUCUUUGUUUUGAUGUUUAUCUGUUUUUGUUUUGGUGUUUACUGGUCUUUGUUUAGAUGUUUACUGGUCUUUGUUUUGAUGUUUAUCUGUUUUUGUUUUGAUGUUUACUGGUCUUUGUUUAGAUGUUUAUCUGUGUUUGUUUUGGUGUUUACUGGUCUUUGUUUAGAUGUUUACUGGUCUUUGUUUUGAUGUUUACUGGUCUUUGUUUUGAUGUUUAUCUGUUUUUGUUUUGGUGUUUACUGGUCUUUGUUUAGAUGUUUACUGGUCUUUGUUUUGAUGUUUAUCUGUUUUUGUUUUGGUGUUUACUGGUCUUUGUUUAGAUGUUUACUGGUCUUUGUUUUGAUGUUUAUCUGUUUUUGUUUUGAUGUUUACUGGUCUUUGUUUUGAUGUUUAUCUGUUUUUGUUUUGGUGUUUACUGGUCUUUGUUUAGAUGUUUACUGGUCUUUGUUUUGAUGUUUAUCUGUUUUUGUUUCGGUGUUUAUCCGUCUUUGUUCUUUGUUUUGAUGUUUUCUAUCUGAAAAGGGAGUAAAGAGAGUGACGAGGAAGAGUAGGAAUGAGAAAGUAGGAAAAACUAUGCCUGGUGAAAGUUCGAGAGAGAAUGAGAAAGUACAGCACGGUAGAAUAUAAAGAGGAUGGAAACAGAAAUGGAUAUAGAAUUGAAACGAGGAAAAACUAUGCCUGGUGAAAGUUCGAGAGAGAGGAUGCGGAGAUGAGUUGACAUAAAGUGUUUUUCUCCAAAGCAAAGUUAACAAUUCUACAGUAUGCACCAUACAGCACUACACACUUAACUGGUUUACCUGCUAGAUUGAGAAAGGAUUGUGACCAGGGAAAUGAACCAAAAUGCCUGUACAGGUCCUACCAUUCCCACCGUGGUACUAACCAGGGGUGUAUCCAGCAGGUCGCAACGUUUCUGGAGUGCUCAGAACGAUCUAUGUAGAUCUAACAUGCCUCAGAUAGGGAGGGCUGUAUAACGUAGACGCUUGGAGUCAGGAAGCAGUUGGAGAGUUUAAAUAGAAUGCAAACAAUGAACCAACACAACACCAGGAGUAGCGUCGGGACAUGGAAACAGAGUCAGUAACGCCUGAUGGGAAAUAUAAGGCUUAAAAUACAGUAAAAUGUUGCUCUGUCACAUUAUUUAAAAUACAGUAAAAUGUACCUCUGUCACAUGAUUUAAAAUACAGUAAAAUGUUGCUCUGUCACAUGAUGUAAAAUACAGUAAAAAUGCACCUCUGUCACAUGAUUUAAAAUACAGUAAAACGUUGCUCUGUCACAUGAUUUAAAAUACAGUAAAAUGUUGCUCUGUCACAUGAUUUAAAAUACAGUAAAAAUGUACCUCUGUCACAUGAUUUAAAAUACAGUAAAAUGUUGCUCUGUCACAUGAUUUAAAAUACAGUAAAAAUGUACCUCUGUCACAUGAUUUAAAAUACAGUAAAAUGUUGCUCUGUCACAUGAUUUAAAAUACAGUAAAAAUGUACCUCUGUCACAUGAUUUAAAAUACAGUAAAAUGUUGCUCUGUCACAUGAUUUAAAACACAGUAAAAUGUUGCUCUGUCACACGAUUUAAAAUACAGUAAAAUGUUGCUCUGUCACAUGAUUUAAAAUACCGUAAAAUGUUGCUCUGUCACAUGAUUUAAAAUACAUUAAAAUGUUGCUCUGUCACAUGAUUUAAAAUACAGUAAAAUGUAUGAUGUGCAGGUGUGUGUAAUGAUGGGUUGGUUAGUAAACCGAUGACGGCGAACGCCGGAGGGGAGGAGCAGGGGUAGACGUGACAAUGGCACUGUGUUUGGCACAAUCAUGUGACAGAACAACAUUUGAUCAUGUAUUUUAAAUCAUGUGACAGAGCAAUAUUUGAUCAUGUAUUUUAAAUCAUGUGACAGAGCAAUAUUUGAUCCUGUAUUUUAAAUCAUGUGACAGAGCAAUAUUUCAUCAUGUAUUUUAAAUCAUGUGACGGAGAAAUAUUUGAUCCUGUAUUUUAAAUCAUGUGACAGAGCAAUAUUUCAUCAUGUAUUUUAAAUCAUGUGACAGAGCAACAUUUUACUGUAUUUUAAAUCAUGUGACAGAGCAACAUUUUACUGUAUUUUAAAUCAUGUGACAGAGCUACAUUUUACUGUAUUUUAAAUCAUGUGACAGGGCAAUAUUUGAUCCUGUAUUUUAAAUCAUGUGACAGAGCAAUAUUUCAUCAUGUAUUUUAAAUCAUGUGACAGAGUAAUAUUUGACCCUGUAUUUUAAAUCAUGUGACAGAGCAACAUUUUACUGUAUUUUAACUCAUGUGACAGAGCUACAUUUGACUGUAUUUUAAAUCAUGUGACAGAGCUACAUUUUACUGUAUUUUAAAUCAUGUGACUAAAGUUACAUUUUACUGUAUUUUAAGCCUUAUACAGAAACUACAACGAAAAUGACAGCAACUGUCUGAGGAUGGUGCUGGACCAUCUGACAUAAAAACAAAGGUGGACAGUUUGAUGAAAAAGCUUUAAAUAAAAGGUUAAAAUCCAGGCAUGUCACAUUAUAGUGUAAAACACAGGGCAUAAGAAUAAGGAAAAACCGUAGAAUUAGCACAUAUAGAACAGAUCUACAACUCAUUAGACAGGCUUUCAAUGAGAAUGACAGAUCUAUAACACAUAGAACAGAUCUACCACUCCUUAGACUGGCUUUCAAUGAGAAUGACAGAUCUAUAACACAUAGAACAGAUCUACCACUCCUUAGACUGGCUUUCAAUGAGAAUGACAGAUCUAUAACACAUAGUACAGAUCUACCACUCCUUAGACUGGCUUUCAAUGAGAAUGGCAGAUCUAUAACACAUAGAACAUAUCUACCACUCCUUAGACUGGCUUUCAAUGAGAAUGACAGAUCUAUAAUACAUAGAACAGAUCUACCACUCCUUAGACUGGCUUUCAAUGAGAAUGACAGAUCUAUAACACAUAGAACAGAUCUACCACUCCUUAGACUGUCUUUCAAUGAGAAUGACAGAUCUAUAACACAUAGAACAGAUCUACCACUCCUUAGACUGGCAUUCAUUGAGAAUGACAGAUCUAUAACAUACAUUUCAAUGGGAAUUUGGUCGGGUCACACCAAACAGUUAUAGUAUAUAGCAACUUUAAAGAUAGAAAUGCAGAAAAAUAGACCUGAGACAACACCCUAUUCCUACCUGACAGACAAGGAUAUCUGCUCUAAACAGGAUCUUCUACGACAUCACGUGCAGUCCCAGAGUGAAUCAACUGCUGAUGAGACAGUUGAACAUUGUGUGGAGGCAACCUGGAUGUCUAGACAGACGUGUCAGAUACAACAGUCUGCCACAGGAGGGUGGUGGCGGUGGGGGUUUAGAGAUCUAUAUGGUACAGUACAUGUGGACUCUUGUCUCGGUCCUGCAGUGUGUUGACAGCUGUAAUAGGAAUACCAGUCCGCUGCUGCUGCUGCUUCUGUGUCACUGUGGAAAAUACAUAUCAACUUAAUUUCAAACCAUGUUGAAGGCCUUCUCAACGUAUUCCAUCACCGUGUGUGUGUGUGUGUGUGUGUGUGUGUGUGUGUGUGUGUGUGUGUGUGUGUGUGUGUGUGUGUGUGUGUGUGUGUGUGUGUGUGUGUGUGUGUGUGUGUGUGUGUGAAUGAACUUGGCAUUUACAGGUAUAAGAACGGACAUACAGAUAGUCCAGCAUCAGUGAAUAAAUGGUUGUGUUUAAUA